CUUCCACGCUUCUGAGUGUGAAUAGAGGACAACGAAAAAUGCGCUGACUGUUAAGAGAGCAAUCGUGACCCCUUUUCUGACACUAUUGAGUCGUUUCAUUUGUUGGUAGGGUGCGAGGUAUCACGGUUCCUCAGUUGCCACGGUUAUUACCUCAAGCGCAGCGCUUGCAGCGGGGAGAGGAGAGACUUGUGUAGAGCUCUGCGAAUUCAGUUAGUCUGUACUAUGGGCACAUUGUGUGGGAACUGACGGAUGCGCGUCAGAAUAUCUGCUUGGAAUUUGGCUCUCUUUGCGUCGCCAAUGCAAACGGAAAUAUGCAGCGAAGCUUCGCCUUUCUCCUCACUAGUGUUGUCGGCUUUUGUUUAGGUUCAAGUUUUCCAAGUAAUAUUAAUAUAGGAGGAUUGUUCCCCACCGGUUCCCACGAAUAUGAGGUUUUUCGAUUUGCGCUUUCUCGACAUCAGGAUAUCCCUAAACUGGUACCACAAGUGGACAUGGUUGAUACAGGGAGCAGCUUUGCCAUGACAUACGCAUUUUGUUCGCAGUUUUCCAAAGGAGUCUAUGCCAUCAUUGGACUAUAUGACAAGAAGACCAUGAACAUGCUCAUGUCCUUCUGUGGCGCGCUGCAUGUCUGCUUCGUCACGCCGAGUUUCCCCAUCGACACCAACAACCAGUUUGUCAUCCAGCUUCGGCCGGAGCUGCAGGAUGCUCUAAUAGACCUCGUGGAGUACUACAAGUGGAAGAAGUUUGUCUAUAUGUACAGCUCGGAUUCAGGUCUUACAGUUCUGCAGAAGAUCCUGGACACGUCGGCCGAAAAGACGUGGAAGGUGACCUCGGUAAACUUGGACAGUCUGACAGAGACGGCCUUUCUGAAGGUCAUCCAGGACCUGGACAUUAAGAAGGACUACCGCAUCAUUCUAGACUGCGAGCUUGAGAGGCUCAACUCCAUCCUCAACUUGAUUGCAGCCCAGAAGAAAAACCUCAAAACAUACCACUUCAUCCUAGCAAACCUGGGUUUCAUGGAUCUGAACCUGACGGAGUUCAAGAAGGUAGGCGCCAACGUGACGGGCUUCCAGCUGAUGAACUACACGGCGCCCCUCGUCAGCAGCACCAUACAGGACUGGCUGGAGUUUGACAGCAAAGACCUUAAGAUUCUCAAAAGAAGACUGAAGUACACCGGAGCACUUACCUACGACGGGGUGACGGUGAUGGCCACUGCUUUCCAAAACCUCCGGCGGCAGCGCAUUGACAUUUCGCGGCGAGGGAACGCCGGGGAGUGCCUGGCCAAUCCUCCGGCACCCUGGGGCCAGGGCAUCGACAUCCAGAGGGCCCUGCAGCAGGUUCAGUUUGAGGGAAUCACGGGUCACGUCCAGUUCAAUGACAAAGGCCAUCGGACUAACUUCACAGUGGACGUGAUGGAGCUCCGACUGACCGGACCCAAAAAGGUGGGCUACUGGAACGAGAAAUAUGUCAACACGGCAACGUACUCCCCGGCCAACGAGACGCAGCUCCUCAACAGGACGUACGUCGUCACCACCAUCCUUGAGUCUCCUUAUGUGAUGCUCAAGAAGAACCAUGAAAACUUUGAGGGAAAUGACAAGUAUGAGGGCUACUGUGUGGAGCUGGCCGCCGAGAUCGCCAAACACGCCGGCUAUAACUACACGCUGGAAAUCGUGGGAGACGGAAAAUACGGGGCCAAAGACGCAGAGACCAAGAUGUGGAACGGGAUGGUGGGCGAGCUGGUCUACGGCAAAGCUGAUGUUGCCGUGGCCCCACUCACCAUUACCCUGGUCCGAGAAGAGGUCAUCGACUUCACCAAGCCCUUCAUGAGCCUGGGCAUCUCCAUCAUGAUCAAGAAGCCGACCAAGUCCAAGCCGGGGGUCUUCUCCUUCCUGGACCCGCUGGCCUACGAGAUCUGGAUGUGCAUCGUGUUCGCCUACAUCGGCGUGAGCGUAGUGCUGUUCCUGGUCAGCCGCUUCAGCCCGUACGAGUGGCACGGGGACGACGAGGGCGAGGGCGGCGAGGGUCAGGGCCAGCAGACGCAGUCGUCCUCCCCGCAGGCCAGUCAGUCGCAGGGCCAGCAGACCCAGCAGCAGCAGCAGCCUGAGCACACCAACGAGUUUGGGAUUUUUAACAGCCUGUGGUUCUCGCUCGGGGCCUUCAUGCAGCAGGGAUGCGAUAUCUCACCAAGAUCUCUCUCAGGCCGUAUCGUUGGGGGUGUGUGGUGGUUCUUCACCCUUAUUAUCAUCUCUUCCUACACUGCCAACCUGGCAGCCUUCCUCACCGUGGAGAGGAUGGUCUCCCCCAUUGAGAGUGCUGAAGACCUGGCCAAACAGACAGAGAUUGCCUAUGGUACAUUGGACGGUGGCUCCACCAAGGAAUUCUUCAGGAGAUCCAAGAUAGCCGUGUUUGAGAAGAUGUGGUCGUACAUGAAGUCGGCCGAUCCCUCAGUGUUUGUGAAGACUACUGAUGAGGGGGUGGCCCGAGUCAGGAAAUCUAAGGGGAAGUAUGCAUACUUGCUGGAAUCUACCAUGAAUGAGUAUAUCGAGCAACGCAAGCCCUGCGAUACCAUGAAAGUGGGGGGCAACCUGGAUUCCAAGGGCUACGGAGUAGCCACACCCAAAGGAUCACCCUUAAGAAACGCAGUAAACCUGGCAGUACUUAAACUGAACGAGCAGGGCCUGUUGGACAAAUUGAAAAACAAAUGGUGGUACGACAAGGGAGAGUGCGGCAGCGGGGGCGGGGACUCCAAGGAUAAGACCAGCGCUCUGAGCCUCAGUAAUGUGGCUGGAGUCUUCUACAUCCUCAUCGGAGGCCUGGGUCUGGCCAUGCUCGUGGCCCUGGUCGAGUUCUGUUACAAAUCCAGAAUCGAGUCGCAGCGGAUGAAGCAAAUCAUUGACGCAGCCAUGCUGAGCUCCACGCUGAGCCGAAUCAGUGGCACGGGCAGCGGCGGCGAGAACGGCCGCGUGGUCACCCACGACUUCCCCAAAGCCUCACAGACUCUCCCCUGCAUGAGCCAAGCCGCCAGCAUGGGCCUGAGCACCACGGGCAUGUGACGGCCACCGUAGGCCAGCCAGCAGCACGCAUCAGGCCACACCGAGAGGGAGAGACAGAGAGAAUGGGAGAGAAAGAGAGAGAGAGAGAGAGAGAGAGAGAGGAGGAAGGGAGGAAGAAAAAAAAAGAAGAACAAACGUUGCACUGCGGUGUUCCGCUCGCCCGCCACUGAACUACUGCCAAAUGGAUUCACUGACUGCUCUCUCUGGAUUCCUACAGGAAAGGCGAAGGGAAGAUCUUAAUUUUCUAAAAAAAAAUAAUAACAAAAACAGGAGUUUGGUCAUUUUUGGGACUCAUCUGCUGCAAUAAAGAAGCUGUUUGGAGGUUUUUUAAAAGGCAUACUUUUGUGGGGAAAUAGGAAAACAAAAAAGGGGAGCUUGCCCAAAAUAGUGACUCUUGCACUACAUGCCAGAUAUGAUUCUCUUCUCUCCUUUGCUAUUUUAAAUAGUUAUGUGCAAAUACUCUGCGUUGUCUGCCUUACCUUUUACUCUGUUAUUACCCGAUCACUUGGGCCUAGAGUCCCGGGUCCCUAUUUAUUUAGCUUUUCCACCAUGUUAAGCCUAAUUGUUUUGCAGGGUCACGUGCAAUGGAAAGGAAUUGUACAAUGAGUUGUUUAAUUUCUGAGUAAAUUUUUGAGAUCAGGUGAUGAAGGCUAGUUUGGCCUGGUUCCAUUGCUUACAAUCAAUGUUAUAAUGUCUUCCAUCUUAAUAUGAUUUCUGUGUUAUUUUGCAUCCCUUCACAGGACAAAAAUCUGGACAAUGUGCAGCCUUGUUGUUCCUUAAGCUUUGACUCUCCUUUUCUAAUAACCUGAUAACAUGAUUUGUUUGUUUUUAAUUAUGAAGGAGGUCAUUAUUAAGAAAAAGUAAUUAAUCUAUUCUAUGUCGCACAUUGGUAGAUGUUUCCCAUCUGACCGUAUUGAAAGGAAUUGUCGCUUUGAGGAUUCUCACCAACUGUCUGGCUUUUGUGUGCUACCCAGCAGCCAUGGGGCACACAGGGAGCCAGAAAACACUACAGAGACAGCAAGCCAUAAAGGACAGACAGAGCAGACUUACGAGUCAGAGCCAUGUUAUUUAUUCGCAAUUGUUUUUACAAGAACAAUUGCAAACAAUUUUACAAAGAAAUCACAAAAUUGUUUCACAAGUCAUAUUCUCUGUUCUUCCAGUCUGUCUGUUUUAAAUGGUUGGCAAUGGAAUUAUUACGUAGUUUGAUUAGUUUGAUAUUGAGUAUUUUCAGUGUGUGUGGGAACAGCACACAUUUUUGAGUUUUGAACAUGGUUUACAUUGAGUUGAUUAUUUGAUAGGAUAGUAUAGGAAGACAUGUGCACAAAGAGGAAUAUGGCAUUAAAUCAACUAGUUUAUGGUGUUUGUUUUCGCCUGCUCUGCAAACCCUAUACACAAUAUGAUAUACCCCACACAAUAUAUCAAAUUGUUAGCCUCUAAACUCGGAGCAUAUUUAAAUAUUUACAGUGAAUCAGCAAUGACAAGAUGGUUGCUCGCUAAUCAGCAGCUCACAGGAGCUAUGUCGGCAAAUAUGUCAAACCAUCAUUAAUCACUUCCUGUCUCAUUUUAUCCCACCCACCACCCCACACAUAACAGUGUGGUUCAGGCAGCAUCUGAGGCACCCAAUCAAAGCUUCUGACUGCUGAGAUGACAAGGCCCACAAUGGGAGACAGUUCCACUUCAGUGCCAAUCUGCCCAAACGUCUUGCUUCAUGUUUUUGAAACUAUUAGUUACGAGCACAAAGAUUAUAUUCUUAAACACAAUGUGUUGUCUUACCAUACCACAUUAUUAUACUUUACCAUUUAGAAUCAUUAGCAUAUGUGUUGAAUUGAUUCAGAGAGUGGUUUAUUUCGGUACGUUUUUCCUAAUUGAAGUAAUUCGGCAUAGCACAAUUGUAGAGAGAGUGUCACAAUUUACAAAGGCUUUUUCAUACAUGAAUGGAUUUGUAUUAACAAUAAUAAUGACUGAAAAUAACUGAUAUAAAUAAUAAAUACCUGUAUGAUAUAUUUGUGCAGAUAAACUGAUUAUUUUGUUGAAGUGGUGUUUGAGUCAGUUCUGAGUAUUUGGUUUUAGUCCUGUAUUUGUAGUGGAAUUCUGUUGAAAUUGUCCCUCUUUGAUUUGAAGCUUACUUUUUUCCUUUCCUGUUGAAAUACAAGUCCUUAAUUUUUGUGUUGGCAUCAGACUCACGGAAAUAACCUUUUAGAAAAAUGACAGCAAGAUGUGCUUGGCAUUGUGUUGGGGAAAUGUUGAUGAGUGAUCAAAAAUAAAAUAUGAACUCUUUU